UAUGUUUUGUAUGUUAUAUGACUUUUUUUGGUCCACAAGAGAGACAGAAAAUAGUGUAACUAUUUGCACCGAACUCAAACCACUUGCUGACAUGUCAUCUCUUGUUCUCUUUUCUCUCUCCGUCUCUCUUUGUUGGGAUCGCGGAACUGCUGGUCUCUCUUGGCUCUCUCUCAAGCUUAAAGCCUUUCUCUUUCCAUUCCCAGAAUUUAAAGCUUUAGUUUUUUCGAGUGAGAAUUUCAGAAUCGCACUUGUCAAAGGCUAUCCAUAAGGAUUCUGAAUUAUGGUUAACUUUUUAUGUAUUUGAGAUCUGGGUUGGUCUUAUAAAUUCGGAGGCAAGACUAUGUACGCGGUGGGGAGGCUAGGUAGCUAUAUCUCCCGCGGUGUGUAUACGGUUUCUGCUCCUUUUCAUCCUUUUGGUGGUGCUGUGGAUAUAAUAGUAGUGGAACAACCUGAUGGGAGCUUCAAAUCAUCGCCUUGGUAUGUUAGGUUUGGUAAAUUUCAAGGGGUUUUAAAGACAAGGGAAAAGGUGGUCAGCAUCAGUGUUAAUGGCAUUGAAGCGAAUUUCCACAUGUUUCUUGAUCAUAAAGGGGAAGCAUACUUUCUCAGGGAGGUAUUUGUUGAAGAAGGGGACUCCCAUGCUGUAUCAUUUCCUUUUUCUUCUGGUGAUGAGACAGAUGAGCCAUCGACUGGUAAUAGGAGGCCAGUGAAGAUUAGUAACUAUGAUGCUUAUAAGUCAAACUCAGAGGGCCAAGUUGAUGUGAGCAAUGGGAAGAUUGUGGCUAGGACUAGUUCUGGACGGUCACGGAUAUUUGGGCUUGUUUUUGGACAGAGGUCAACAAAGGAGGAUGGUUACCGGGAGGGUGAUGGUGUGAUGAGGGCAGAUUCAUUGGAGCGUGCUGAGAUUGCUGCUGACCUUUUGGAGGUGAAGUGGUCUACCAAUCUCACCUCUAAUAGAUCAAAUAAUAAUGCUUCCCAAUUUUCUUCGACAAACGAUAUAUUGGACAAUAAAGGUUCUGCAGAGGAGAUACAGAUUAAUGAUGAAGAAAACCAAUUUCACUCUUCUCUACAUGAUCAGGAGGAAAAGAUUAGUGAUGAAGAAAACCAGUUUCACUCUUCUGCACAUAAUAAGGAGGAAAAUAGUAUUGAUCACCAGACAUUACCAGAGAAAACUGACCUCUGCAACAAGCAAAAAAUUAAUGAUGAAGAAAACCAACUUCACUCUUCUCUACAUGAUAAGGAGGAAAGGAUUAAUGAUGACGAAAACCAGUUUCACUUUUCUGCACAUGAUAAGGAGGAAAAUAGUAUUGAUCAACAGACAUUACCAGAGAAAACUGACUUCUGCAACAAGCAAAAGGUCAGCUGUUCUCAUUCUGGCCUUGAGAACUUAGAGUAUUCUGUUAAGGAAGCUAGCAUACAAGUGUCUUGUGUAAGCACCAAGCAACAAAUUGAUGAAACCUCCUUAUUAGGUGAAGGUUUUAUGGAAGAAAAAUACAAAGUAAUAGCCAAUAUAUCAGGAACUAUUGAUGAUCAAAGUGUUGGGAAUUCUGAUCAUGAUGAAAAUGAGAUCAGUGCUGUCUCAGGGAUGAGUGGUCCUGAUCUGCAAAGUGAAUUUAAGCUUGAAGCAUGUAUUAAGAAGCAGUUUGAUGAAGAACUGGCUGAUAAUGAAAGCAAUGUUAUUCUACCAGGCUGUGGGAUUUCCUCUAACGAGAAUGCUUCAGACAGUCUUCAAUCUUUUCUUUACUGCAAAACAUCAGAGAGCUUAGUAAUAAAAUUUGAUGGUUCAAGUGAGCAAACUCAUCAAAUGCUGCGCCUUUCUGAUGUAGGAGAUGGGAAAGUGUGUGCUCCAGAGGUUACAGUUCUCAAGCAAGCUGAGGACAUGGAAUUAGAUUCUGAAGGGCAAUUAACUGUGUCAGAAUCCUAUUCUGAAAUGGUCCAUGUUGACCCUGUAAUUGGUUUGGAAGAAAGGAAGUCGCAUAGCAUUCACACCACUUCGACCAUCAGUGAUUUAGGUAAUCAAGUUGAAGGUGAGAAGAACACCAAGGAUGGUCUCCAUCCUUCUUUGGAGUCUGUUGAUGAUUCUCAAAACUUUUAUGUUGAUAGUGACCCAAAGAAAAGUGUUCCUCCAUCAGAGAGUUCAGAGGAUGAACAAUUCAUUUUCAGUGACCUUGAGGAAUUCAAACUACAUGAGCAAGACUCUGUAAAUGAAGAUCUUCACCCCUCAAUUUGUACAGAAACUGAAGAAGUAAAUGGUUUAUGUAAUAUGAUUAAUGAGUCAUAUUUAAAUCCUAAGAAGUUUGUUGAGGAGAAUCCAUCAACUGAUCUGGAAAUCUCUGUCGAAAAGUCAAGGAUAGUCUCUAAUCCUAUUAGUAUUUCUAGAAAACAUAGAGUAGCUGGUCAAAAAUAUGGGUGGCAGGUGGAAUCACUUCCUAAUAUGCAGUCUCCUGUUGCCAAGUUUGAUGCAAACAACCAUCGUCCUCUAAGCUAUUCUCUGGACUCUAAUUCUGAAACCAUGAAGUGGACAUCAAUCAGGAAAGAUGAUUCCAGCUGCAUAAGGUCAGAUGCAGAUGAGGAACAACCAUUAGCACAAAAAAGGUCUAGCAGUGAGGAGAAUGAGACUUCAGGGAAGCUGAAAAAUGCUCUUUACAAUCCUGCUGUCGAGAUAUCUCUUUGCAAACACUUGCUAUAUAAAGGGAUGGGGGCUGAAGCUGCCUGUCAAGCAUUUGAUGCUGAAAAACUGGAUAGCCAGAAAUGUAGUACUUUAGGUCCUGCUGUUGUGAAGAAUGAUAGGCUUGUUGUUCGAAUUGGUGGUCGUUACUUUCCAUGGGAUGCAGCAGCCUCUAUUCUUUUAGGGAUGGUUGCAUUUGGAAGUGAAGAAAUAUUUGAACCCAAAGGCAUGAUACCUGUUGACAGAACAGAAAAAUCCAGUGAAGGGGAUCCAUCAAAAGCCAUAGUCUCCAGUAGCAGAAGCUGGACGCUUUGGCCUUUUUCUUUGAAAAGAUCAAGAUCAAGGAAGGCUGUGCAGCUGGCUCCAGCUGAUAGCAGAGGUUUGGAUGCUGAGACUGCUGCAGACAGUACCAUUGCAAGUGAUGAUGAUAAAAAAAUGCUUAAACCCAAGCAGGCGAAGAAGAUGAUCAGGGAAAUCACUCCAACCUCUGAACAGCUGGCAUUGUUGAAUCUAAAGGAUGGGAUGAAUCAUAUAACCUUCACAUUUUCUACCGCUAUGCUAGGGAAACAGCAGGUUGAUGCCAGAAUCUAUUUGUGGAAAUGGAACACUCGUAUAGUAAUCUCAGAUGUUGAUGGGACAAUUACAAGAUCAGAUGUUCUAGGACAGUUCAUGCCUUUGGUUGGGAUAGACUGGUCACAAACAGGUGUUGCACAUUUAUUUUCAGCUAUUAAGGAAAAUGGGUAUCAGUUGCUUUUUCUUAGUGCGCGUGCGAUUUCCCAGGCCUAUACCACUAGACAAUUUUUAGUCAACCUUAAGCAGGAUGGUAAAGCUUUACCUGAUGGGCCAAUUGUUAUUUCCCCUGAUGGGCUUUUUCCAUCCCUAUAUAGAGAAGUUAUUAGAAGAGCUCCUCAUGAGUUUAAGAUUUCCUGCUUAGAGGAGAUCAAGGCAUUGUUUCCAUCUGAUUGCAAUCCAUUCUAUGCUGGUUUUGGGAAUAGAGACACUGAUGAAAUCAGCUAUGUGAAGGUCGGAAUCCCAAAAGGGAAAAUCUUCAUUAUUAAUCCAAAGGGUGAGGUUGCUGUGAACCGCCGUAUUGACACAAAAUCUUAUAGUUCGCUUCAUGCUCUUGUUCAUGGCAUGUUUCCACCAACGACCUCCUUUGAGCAGGAGGAUUUUAAUUCAUGGAAUUUCUGGAAACUGCCUCCCCCUCUGAUUGAUAUAUGAAGUUGUCAGCUAGAAUAUAUUGCUUGAGCAUUCGGAUACUGAGAUAGAUGGAUGAUGUCUGCAAUCCUUCUGGAGCAGUUCAGGUAUCUUCUUUUAUUGUCGGUUUUGCAUAUUUGUUAAAAACCUCGGGAUGGACUGUUGUGUAGUUAUCGAAAAUGAAUUGUCGGCUACAUUCUAGUGUCACGGACCUAAGGAAGAAUCCUAAAUUUCACAUCGAACAUAAUAGGAGGGUCA